GCCAGGGAUUUUUGGCAAAACAUUUUUUGCUUGCAUCUUAACAAACUUGUUCCCUAAAAUUCGUCCAUCUUGAAGCGCACGAUCGCCGAAGCUGUGCCGCGUGUGCUUUUCGUAAAAUGUUAUUAUUCUAACCGACGGAUAGGAAUAUUUCAAAAAUGAGUGUAGCGGCUACUCGUCCAAUUGUCACCGUCCAUGGUGAAAAAAAUGAGGCAACUGGUUCCACCAUCCCGAUGCCUGCUGUCUUCCGGGCGCCAAUCAGGCCCGAUGUUGUCAAUUUUGUCCACACAAACAUAGCUAAGAACCAUAGACAACCUUAUGGUGUUGACAAAGAAGCAGGUCACAAAACCAGUGCUGAAUCAUGGGGUACAGGUCGUGCUGUUGCCCGUAUCCCCCGUGUUCGGGGAGGUGGUACCCACCGUUCUGGUCAGGGAGCCUUUGGUAACAUGUGUAGAGGAGGUCACAUGUUCGCCCCUAACAGAGUCUGGAGGAGAUGGCACCGCCGAGUGAACACCAACCAAAAGCGUUACGCCAUGGUAUCUGCCAUCGCUGCUUCUGGAAAUCCAGCAAUCGUCAUGUCAAAAGGUCACAUGAUCCAAGGAGUCUCUGAAUUCCCUCUUGUUGUAACUGAUAAAAUCCAAGAAUACAAGCGCACCAAGCAAGCAGUUGCUUUCCUGGCUGCUGUCAGAGCGUGGAAGGAUGUCAAGAAAGUGAAACAAUCUCAUCGUAUCCGUGCCGGCAAAGGUAAAAGGCGAAACCGUCGACGCAUCCAGCGACGAGGACCCCUGAUUGUCUACUACAACAACAAGGGUCUUAGAAAUGCAUUCCGUAACAUCCCUGGUGUAGACUGCAUCAACGUUAUGAAAUUAAAUCUCCUUAAAUUAGCUCCUGGUGGUCAUGUUGGAAGAUUCGUCAUCUGGACGGAAUCAGCAUUCAAAAAAUUAGAUGCUCUUUACGGCACAUGGCGCAAGAAGAGUACUCUGAAGAGUGAUUACAACUUGCCCAUGCCGAAAAUGGCUAACACCGACCUCACAGGCCUGUUGAGCUCUGAGGAACUCAAGAAAUACAUGAAGAGGCCCAAGAAGAAGACUUUCGUUUCUCGCAUCAAGAAGAACCCGCUGCGCAACCCAAGGCAGAUGGUGAAACUCAAUCCUUACGUUGUUGUCCAGAAACGACUCGCCAAGUUGGAGCAGGCCAAGAACAUCGAAGCCAAGAAAGUAGCAGCUGCCAAGAAGGAAGGAGUUGAAUACAAACCCAAGGAAUUCAAACCUGUCGAUGAAGACCCUAUCAACAUCUAUGACGAUAGCUGGAAGCUAACAAAGAAAGAAUUGGGGAAAGUCAAGAAGCAGGGAAUCAAAGAGUAUAAGAAGAAGACGAAGGCAGCCGCCCUGAAGAAGAAGGCCAAGUCCGUCAAAAGGUUGGAAGCGAAGAAAAAGACAAAGGUAGUCAAGAAGAAGCCAGCAAAAAAAGCUGCGGCUCCAGCAAAAAAGGCUGCUCCCGCCAAGAAAGCAGCCAAAUAAGGCAUUGACAACCAUGUUAUGACUUCGAAUUCAACUUUUUUUACUUUUUUGAUGAAAUAUUCGAUAAUAUUUUUGUUGAAACCCA